CCUAGUGGGGAGAGAGAGAGAGAGGGACACACUUUUCCAUGUAAAAUAUUUCCAUUUGACAUUUCCCCCAAAAAAAAAAAAAAAAAGAAAAAAAUCCACGUAAAAUAAACGGAAUUGAAGCCGGGUCCAAUCACGACGCAUACUUGUCCAAGUCUUCAGCCCUGAACCAGCACCACUUCUAGAAAACGGCACGCAGCCCUAGGUCAUUCGCUCUCCACACGCCCCUCUCUCUCCCAUUUUUAUUUCUCUCUGAACAUUGCUAAAUCAUUCGCACAACAAGCCAACACCACCGUUGGCACCUCCAUUACUCUCUUUCAUCAUCCCUCUUUCUGAGUCAUUAACACAACCGCUCUCUGCAAUCCUUAUCUUCGUCGUUUGAAUGCGUGACAUUAAUCAUGUAUAUAACCACUUCUUCGUCAGCUACACUCCUCAGAGCGUAUAGGUCCCGGAUUUCAUCUUCUCUCUCAUCUUUCUCUUCUCUCUCUAGAUCGCCUCCCCACUCUUCUCCUUCUUUCCACACCAAUCAGUACCGAUCUCUCAGCUUCUCGUCCGCGUUUCGUUCUCUCCGGUGCUCUGUUCCGCGUUGGAUUCACGCUACUGAUUGGAAACAUUCGCCUGCUCUUACUGCUCAGGGCAGACUCGUCAAUCCUGUCAUCCACCAGUUCGAGCGAAAGAUCGCAACCAUGGCCUCUGAGCAUGCAUUCAAGGGAAUCUUGACCAGUCUUCCCAAGCCAGGAGGUGGCGAGUUUGGAAAGUUCUAUAGAUUGCCUGCUUUGAAUGAUCCAAGGAUCGAUAAGCUGCCUUACUCUAUUAGGAUCCUUCUUGAAUCAGCAAUCCGUAAUUGUGACAACUUCCAAGUCACUAAGGAAGAUGUUGAGAAGAUUAUUGACUGGGAAAAAACUUCUCCAAAGCAAGUUGAAAUUCCUUUCAAGCCUGCUCGUGUUCUCUUGCAGGAUUUUACUGGUGUACCAGCUGUUGUUGACCUUGCUUGUAUGCGCGAUGCCAUGAACAAGCUUGGCAGCGAUUCUAACAAAAUCAAUCCUUUGGUUCCUGUAGAUCUUGUCAUUGAUCAUUCAGUUCAAGUUGAUGUUGCUAGAUCAGAAAAUGCAGUACAAGCAAAUAUGGAGCUUGAAUUCCAGAGGAACAAGGAGAGAUUUGGUUUCCUAAAAUGGGGGUCUAAUGCUUUCCAAAACAUGCUUGUCGUUCCUCCCGGUUCUGGUAUUGUGCAUCAGGUUAAUCUUGAAUAUCUUGGGAGAGUUGUUUUCAACACUGAUGGCAUGCUCUACCCAGAUAGUGUGGUUGGAACUGAUUCUCAUACUACCAUGAUUGACGGGUUAGGAGUUGCUGGCUGGGGAGUCGGAGGUAUUGAAGCAGAGGCAGCAAUGCUUGGCCAGCCAAUGAGUAUGGUGUUACCUGGUGUUGUUGGGUUCAAGUUAUCUGGAAAAUUACGCGAUGGUGUCACAGCUACUGAUUUGGUUUUAACUGUGACUCAAAUUCUUAGGAAGCACGGUGUUGUCGGAAAAUUUGUCGAGUACCAUGGGGAUGGUGUGGGUAAAAUAUCAUUAGCUGACAGGGCCACUAUUGCCAAUAUGUCUCCUGAGUAUGGUGCAACAAUGGGGUUCUUCCCGGUAGAUCAUGUUACUUUACAAUAUCUCAAAUUGACUGGACGAAGUGAUGAGACGGUGGCAAUGAUAGAAGCAUAUCUGCGUGCAAAUAAUAUGUUUGUCGACUAUAAUGAGCCCCAAAAAGAUAGAGUAUACUCAUCUUAUUUACAACUGGACCUUGCGGAUGUUGAACCAUGUGUUUCGGGGCCAAAGAGACCUCAUGACCGAGUUGCUUUGAAAGAAAUGAAGGUUGAUUGGCACUCUUGCCUUGAUAACAAAGUUGGAUUCAAGGGCUUUGCUGUGCCAAAGGAGGCACAAGAUAAAGUGGCAAAAUUCUCAUUCCAUGGACAGCCAGCUGAGCUAAGGCAUGGUAGUGUUGUCAUUGCUGCUAUCACGAGCUGCACAAAUACAUCAAACCCUAGUGUUAUGCUUGGGGCUGCCCUUGUUGCCAAAAAGGCUUGUGAACUGGGUCUGCAGGUUAAACCAUGGGUAAAAACAAGUCUGGCCCCAGGCUCUGGAGUAGUUACAAAAUAUUUACUCCAAAGUGGGCUGCAAAAGUAUCUAAAUCAACAGGGUUUUAAUAUUGUUGGAUAUGGCUGCACAACAUGUAUUGGGAACUCAGGGGACUUGGAUGAAUCAGUUUCCUCUGCAAUAACAGAAAAUGACAUUGUUGCAGCUGCAGUUCUCUCUGGUAACAGGAAUUUUGAGGGUCGUGUUCAUCCCUUGACAAGAGCUAACUACCUUGCUUCUCCUCCUUUAGUGGUUGCCUACGCCCUUGCUGGCACAGUUGACAUUGACUUUGAUAAGGAGCCAAUUGGAGUAGGGAAGGAUGGCAAGAAUGUCUAUUUCAAGGAAAUCUGGCCAUCUACAGAUGAGAUUGCAGAGGUUGUUCAAUCCAGUGUAUUGCCAAAAAUGUUCAAGAGUACGUAUGAGGCUAUUACAAAGGGCAAUCCCAUGUGGAAUCAGCUGUCAGUUCCGGAGGGCACCCUGUACUCAUGGGACCCUAAUUCUACCUACAUUCAUGAGCCACCAUAUUUCAAGAACAUGACCAUGGAUCCUCCCGGGGCCCAUGGAGUGAAGGAUGCUUUCUGCUUGUUGAACUUUGGUGACAGUAUUACAACGGAUCACAUCUCCCCAGCAGGAAGCAUUCACAAGGAUAGUCCCACUGCUAAGUAUCUUCUUGAUCGCAGGGUGGAUCGCAAAGACUUCAAUUCUUAUGGUAGUCGUCGCGGUAAUGAUGAAGUGAUGGCAAGGGGAACUUUUGCAAAUAUCCGCCUCGUUAACAAGUUACUAAAUGGGGAAGUUGGGGCAAAGACAAUUCACAUUCCUACAGGAGAGAAGCUCUAUGUGUUUGAUGCAGCAAUGAAGUACAAGGCUGCCGGGCAGGAUACUGUUAUCUUGGCUGGAGCAGAGUAUGGAAGUGGAAGUUCCCGAGAUUGGGCCGCCAAGGGCCCAAUGCUAUUGGGAGUGAAAGCAGUGAUUGCAAAAAGUUAUGAGAGGAUCCACCGCAGUAAUUUGGUAGGAAUGGGCAUCAUUCCACUUUGUUUCAAGGCUGGAGAAGAUGCAGACUCACUUGGAUUGACGGGGCAUGAGCGUUAUUCCAUUGACCUCCCAAGCAAUAUUAGUGAGAUAAGACCUGGUCAAGAUGUUGCAGUCAGUACUAACACCGGAAAAUCUUUCACCUGCACAGUUCGCUUUGACACUGAGGUAGAACUGGCUUAUUUCAAUCAUGGAGGCAUACUGCCAUAUGUUAUUCGGCAACUGAUUACGCAAUAAGCGAUUUCAUUGUUGGUCAGGAGCCUUUCUUCAUCAGACGAGUUAUAAUACAAUAUUUGAGAAGAGAAUAAUUUUUUUUAACCAUACAAAAUUUCCUUUUCCACCGAGGGGAUUCUCUUUUUCAAUUCGCAAAUUGUGCAAGCAAGUUUGGCUUGUUCGAGGAAGCACUGCUCUUAGAAAUAAAUCCUCCCCUUUUCGAUGUUUACAUGUUCCUAGUUCUUUCAUUUCUUUUUGGAUUUUGUAUGAAUAGAUGGAAGAGCAGGUAUGUUAUGAACCUGUUUAGUGUAACACUAAAAAGUUUACGCCCAUGAACAAGUAUAAUUGAGACAUUUAAAGUGUCAAGCCCAAUGAAAUGGAAAUUACAUUGUUUUUGCUUCA